GUUCCACGGAACGACUGCCUGAGACUUCGAUAUUUUGGAUCGUGUUGGAUGGCCGUUCGAAAUUCCAGCGGCGCUAGCAUGGGAGCAUGGCCGCCCCACUGUCCCUUCGUGGCCCUCGACGACGGCGACGAUGUAAAGAGAGGCGAUAACCUGGAUCCAGCCUCGGACGCGUACUUGAUGCAGCGCAUGGCCGCGCCCGAGCGCGCGUACCGACGGCUCUUUGCGCUCCUCUUGACGCUCAGCAUUGAGCUCUUUGUCGCGUUCGUGAUCUCGCGCUAUACGCACACGCUGCAGACGUUUCCGCUGCUCAUGGCCUUUAUGCCCGUCAUCUCGGCCGUCUCUGGCAACGUCGGCUUGCAGUCGUCGAGCAUCGUCACGCGCGCGCUCGCCCUCGGUCUCGUGUCACUUGAUGACGCGGCCGACGCGCUGCGCCGCGAGCUCGAGGCGGCGCUGCUCCUGGGGCUCGCGCUGGGCCUCGUCACGGGCGUCAUUGCGGGCCUCUGGCAGCAGUGGGUUGUGUUUGGCGUCGUCGUCGGCGUCUCGCAGUUUGCCUCGAUCUUGACCGCAUCGAUCACGGGCUCGGCGGCGCCGCUUGUCGGGAAAUACUUCAACUACGACCCGGCGACGAUCGCAGGACCCAUGGAGACGGCGAUCCAAGACGUCGUGGGCAACUCCCUCUUUUUGAUCUUUGCGUCGUCGCUUCUGACCUUCUUUGGGUAAAAACAAGAGCGAGGCGCAAGCGCAAUGACAAGCUCGGACCAGGUGCACAGAUUGCCAUAUUCAAGUACAUCGUCGAGAGAUAGAUAGACACCUAACGCUAGAGUACUUAUUAUAAUCAUCUUCGUAUCGUG